AUGUCUUUACCUGCCAGUUUUGAUCUUACUCCAGAAGAUGCUAAAUUAUUGUUAGCUGCCAACGUUCAUUUAGGUUCAAAGAACGUUCAAGUUCACAAUGAAUUAUACGUUUACAAAACCAGACCAGAUGGUGUCAACGUUAUUAACAUUGGUAAAACUUGGGAAAAAAUUGUUUUAGCUGCUAGAAUCAUUGCUGCUAUUCCAAACCCAGCUGAUGUUGUUGCUGUUUCAUCAAGAACCUUCGGUCAAAGAGCUGUCUUAAAAUUUGCUGCUCACACUGGUGCUACCGCUAUUGCUGGUCGUUUCACCCCAGGUAACUUCACCAAUUAUAUCACCCGUUCAUUCAAAGAACCAAGAUUAAUCAUUGUUACCGACCCAAGAACUGAUGCUCAAGCUAUCAAAGAAUCUUCAUACGUUAACAUUCCAGUUAUUGCUUUAACUGAUUUAGAUUCUCCAUCUGAAUUUGUUGAUGUUGCUAUCCCAACCAACAACAAAGGUAAACAUGCUAUUGGUUUAAUCUGGUACUUAAUUGCCCGUGAAGUUUUACGUUUAAGAGGUUCAUUACCAAACAGAGCUGAACCAUGGACUAUCAUGCCAGAUUUAUACUUCUACAGAGAUCCAGAAGAAGCCGAACCAACUCCAGAAGAAGCUGAAGAAGAACAAACUGAAGAACAAACUGAAGAAACCCAAGACUGGGCCGCUCAACCAGCUGAUGCUGACUGGGCCGCUGAAGCUGCUGAAUCAAAUGCUGACUGGGCUGCCACUGAAGGUAGUGCUCAAGCUGCUUGGUAA